GUCAUCGAUCAUGGAGCUGGAGCCGAGCGUCGUCCUCUUCACCCUACUUGCCCUCCUUUUGGCUGCUGUCGUCCUGCGCAGGAAGGCCGGCACUGCCGCCACCUCUUCCACUGGAAGCCAGACACCCAAAGUAGGCUACACAGACGACGUGUCUCCCUCCAAACUUUGUGCAACUGAGCCUCAGGCACUCCCAGAACCACUAUCAACACUAGUUUCACAACCUGUCAAGGAAGAGCAGUCUCUGACAAGUACUCUCUUUCAAUCAACCAAAGAUUCAGAACCUGCCUCAGUGCCGGACCGUCUUUUAGAAUCAACGAGACCUGUAGCUUCACAAAUAUUGCCAGACAUGGUCAGUGAAUUAGUCUCUGUUCAAGAAACGGCUUUGGAUCCAGAGCCAGUCUUUUCAAGAGUUUCAGUUCCAGAAAUGGUCCCUCAGCCAGGGGUCAUCGCAAAACCAGCAGGUGCUUUAGAACCUGUACUUGAAGCACUUUCAGAACUAGAACCCGUUUCAGAAACUGCCCCUCAGCCAGAACCUGUACCUGAAGCAGUUGUAGCACUGGAACCAGUUCCAAAGAUUGUUCCUCAGCUAGAAACUGCUGCACACACAUUUUGUAUUCAAGAACAAGUGUCCAAAUCAACAUCAGAACUUGUACUGAAACAGUUCUCAGAGGCCCAGGCAUCUUCAGAUCCAGAAACCUCCUCUAAACCAGAACCUGAAAUGGUUUGUGGUUUAAUACCGGGUUCCGAACCAGUAUCAGUAUCGCAGGUAAUUCAGGAAGACGACCCAUCCUCAAAUCCAGUUUCAGAACCAGAACCUGCUGUCCAGUCUGAAUUAGAACCUGAAAAAGUCUUAAAAGUUGUGGCUGAGUGGGUUUCAGGACCCGUAGAUGUAUCUGAACUGGUCUCGACAUCCCCAAAAGAGAACCCCUCAACUAUUGGACCUGAGGCAGCAGCCAAGCCUGAACCAGAGCCAGAACCAGAACCAGAGAUUAAAGAAGUGGCAGCGUCCCAAGAAAAACUGAGGUUUUCCCCCGGAAAGAAACAAAACAAGUUUGAGACGCUGAUGACGAAGGAGGAGAUGGAGGAGGAGCAGAGGGUGCAACAGGAACAGUUGGCGGCCAUCUUCCUUCUCCUGAGGGAGAACCAGGAGGCGCUGGGGGAGGUUACGGAGGGCGACAUGGAGGAGCAGCUGAAGCUGUACUCGCUGUGAGAUACAUCACCACGGCUACUUGCUAACAACAGGAUGUACUUCUGGUUGGGCAGUCAAGUGGCAGCUUGAUUGGAUGUAACUUGGAAGUGGCAAGCUACUUGAAGGUUGCAGGUUUUACCCCCCGAAUGCCCUCUCCAGUUUAUUCUCUGCUUGUAGGGAAAUGAAAGUACUCAUAUAGAAAUGUAUCUUUGUUAGCACACGGUAGAAUGACAGACGACAGAGUGCUUUUCUUCCUACUAAAGUCUUUGGAGAAAAUCAUUUCUUUCACCUGACAAAAUAUUUUGGUGGAAUCAACUUAUCAGAAGGAUGGAGAAACAAAAGCUGAAAAAAGAUGCCAAACUAACGGAAACUUUUGUUGGUCUUUGCGCACGCCAAAAUCCAAUCAGGCCUUUUUGGUUUUCAACUUUUUCCAAUCAUGUUUUACAAAAAGCAUCUCCACAAAAAAAAAAAAAAAAGACUCCACUCACUCAAACUCGACCCUUGAAAAGUUAAAAUCAUUACAAUUUCUCAAGUACUUUGGACAUGACUUUUCCAUUGGCACAACACUUUGAAACCCUGACCUUUCCUUCAUACAUGCCAUGAAAGCACUGGUCCUAAACCACACCUACCUGACCAAUCGUAUCACUGAGCAUCGACCAGACCAACUGCAGAGCCAUCCUCACUGACUACAACCACCGCCAACACAACCUCAAGCAGAAGGCAGAAUUUUGUUUGAAAAGGUUCACUGCUGCUUUUUAACCUGAUUUCCAUUUUAUUAUUUGUUGAUUUGAUAUGAUGGGCUGUGUUUUUGGUUUACAGCAAUAAGUUGAUUGUUCAGUGGCACCUCGGUUAGCCUAUUUUUUAGUUAACGUUGCAAAUUGACACCAAAAUCUUGCCCUGGUUUGCGUACAUUCUCCAGUUAGUGUAGAAUAUAGCGAGCGUGUUGUCGUGUUACUAAUACACUCCAACAGCGUUCUUAUUGUACGUUUAUCACAAAGCAUCCUUGUUAGCAUCCUACUAGCUAGCAAACAAAAUGGCAACUGGAAGCUGAAGGUAUGUCGCACGUCUAUGAUGUCAUCAGCAGUUGACUCAAAAGUAACAGAUCUUGAUUUUAUAGUUGUAAUCAACACUCCACAUUUCUUAUGUUAAAAAUAAUACAAUUGGGUUUUUUGGCUUUCUGGAUGGGAUUUGUUGGAUUUACAUGAUUUCUUAUGGAAAAAAGGGAUUGGGUUUGCGUCAGACCUUCUGGAAGGAAUGAAUGAUGCUAGCCAAGGUUCCACUUCACAUGAUAACACUCCAUUUGUACCCACAAGAACUUCACCUGGAAGAACUCCAUUUCUAAGCAUCUGCAGAAGAGAAAAACAUGAUUGUGAUAUUUUAGCACUAAGAAGUUGAAAAAGGAAUGGGAGACCAGCAUAUGGUGGAUAGUACGUGGUAUGUUUAUUGAUUUAUUCCGUAAUUCUGAUAAAAAGAACAUAAAAAAUCUUGUCAUGUCAGAGAUUGUGCUCAAUGACAACAGGAGGGGGCGGAGCUGAAAAGCAGCAUAGUCUGUUUCAAGCAUCACAACACAAGAAGGGUUCACAUGAGAAUGGCAGACUCCUGCAGGGGGUGUGGUUAAAGAACGUCACUUUCAGCAGUAUGAAGCUGCGUGUCGUCAGCGUCCGUCAUAACACUGCUGUCCUGACUGUCGUCCACCUCCACGGCUGCUGCAAGACAACAGCAACCGGCGGCCCCCACGUCAGUCAUGUGACAAGGUUAUAUCAGUCAUGUCAUAGCCCCAAUGUUGCGCUAACUUACACUUGUCCCUUGUUUAUAGCAGUUAAUUGGUGAAAAGUGAAAGUAGGAUUCAAUGUUAAUAAAUAGAAUAUUUUCACACACUACCUGUUUAUGACUUUGUAAAUACAUUUCCUUUUUUACCAUUAUUAAAGCCCUGUAGAUAUCAAGUAACACUCCUAUUCUUCUUAGUGUAUGCCACAUCGCUAAUGUGCAGGCUACAGUUUCAACACAGGGACAUCAGACAUGGCGACAGCUUUAAGCAUAGCAUGCUAGCGAGCUAACUAGUUAGCCUCUAAUUUAUUUAUUCAACGCUUAUUAAAAGGUUUCAAAUAGAGUGGGGAAGUAGGAUAAAGGAACAAGCUAAAAACCUACUUUUUUUUACUAUCAUGUAAAACAUGCCAUGGAUGACCACAUGCAGUGUUAAGCUAAUGUCAAAGUUUUGUGUCAUUACUGAUGCCUAGUGACCAGAAUAGUACAUAUAACUUGGAUUUCUUAUUAACAAUUUAUUGAGAGAGAUGUCAUCACACUAAACAUGUCAAAACGGCAGUCCUCUCUUACGGAGCGUGAAUGGAAGCUAGCGGGAUUAGCUUAGUUCAGUGCUGUGUCAGUGUGUUAUGUUUUACCGCUUUAACGUAAGCUAGCGUUCUUUAUUCUUUCACCCAGCUUGUCCGUCAAGACACAUUCUCAACACAAACAAAACACUCCCGGCUUUGAAAAUUAGAACACUUUUGCCGCAUCUUGUCUAAUUGUGUAACCAAAAUAAGGGCGUCAUAAAAAUAUUUUAUAUUAACUAGAUGAUGCAAUGUCAGUAGACAUUGCGUGUGAAUGCUGAAAAGCUGAAGCAAAACUGAAAUGCUUUGAAAAGGUAUGAAAAUCUAAAUACAGAAUGAAUAGGCUGGACUGAAAUGCAGUGGAAAUAUGCGAAAACAGAGAAUGAAAGUCAGAGUAGAAGACACCUGAACCACUGUGUGCAUACAAUGCUACGCAUGUCUAACCAGUCUUACACUGACAACUAACUCUUCAUUUCUGGUGAAUACAUUGUCUGUACACACUCAUCAAAAACUGUUUAUUAUUAAUUUCGGUAAAUAAAUGUAUUGCAACUGAUGUGUAACGGAUGAGGGGUAGAAUUAAAUAAGCUUUGCUUCUUCCUAUUCUGUUUUGGACAUGCGGAAUUAUGAAUUGUGUUAUGUGAUGAGCUCCAGUGUAAUCGGAGUGCACAUUCCAGAUGAAUGAAACCAUUAUCAUUACCAGAGAAGUUUGGAAGCUGAGGUCAACACGACCUGACCUGGCGAUCUCUGGGUUACAAAUUAAGCACGAUACCAACUGACACAUGCAAGUAGUAGUAGUAGUA